AUGACCAAAGUCUUGAUGCAAACUUGGAAUGAUAAGCACAAGAGCAAUUUAAUUCUCUCCAAAGGUCUUGAUUUGGUUGAAGAAGAAGAGCAGAUAAUACAUCAAACUUUUAAGUUUGAUCCUAAUGACCUGGAGAAUGAUGAAGAAUACAUAUCUGUCAAGGCUGAGAUUCAAGAUAAAGAAUCAAAAGAGCCAUCUGACCACUAUUUGCUCAUUGCUAUAUUGUAG